AUGCCGGCUGCCAACCCUCUUCCUUUCCUUCUCCUCUUUGCGACACCCCAGCUUCUCUCCCUCACGCUCACCUCCUCACCGGCGCCGAGGACAGCCAACGGCUGUUCUCCUCCUCGUCAACCUCCGGCCACAGCACGACCUCUUCUUCUUCCUCAUCAAGACGCAGCCAGCUACGACUCUUCCUCUUCUCCUCUCGACAUUGACGCCGGCCACAGCUCCGCCUCAUUUUCUCCUCCUUCUCCCUGCCCUGCUCCUCGCUACACCGCCGCUAGCCUCUUCUCCUCUCGACGCCGCCAGUCUCCUCGCCGACAGCAACCGCCAGCCGUCCCCACCCCCUCUUUUCCACGCUGCCAUGACCAAAGAGGUGGCCAGCAGCCUUCUUUCCUCUCCUCGGCCGACGACGCGGGACUCGCGCCGCUACCGGCACUGUACACGCCCGUCCAUAUCCCCCUUCGCCGUGCCGACGCUAUCGACCUUUUCGUGCCGUAG